AUGAAUUCGCCUAGCAUUCCAAACAAAAUAAUUAAUAAUUAAUUUGUUCUGAAGAAAAAAUUAUCGGCUGGAUCAUAUGGAGUUGUUUUUGAAGCUGAAGAUUUAUUAAAAAAAUAAUUAGUGGCUGUUAAAAUAGAGAAAAAAGAAAAGAAUUCAACACUCGACCGUGAAAUACAUAUUCUUACAAGACUAUUAGGCACACAAGGUGUUCCAAAGUUGUUUUGGAGUGGGAUAGAUAACAAUUCCAAUGUACUCGUUUAACAAUUGCUGACAAAGGAUAUUGGGGCAUAUUUAAAAGAAUAUCGAAAGUUUUCAUUAAAAACUGUUUUAAUUAUAACUGAUUACCUUUUACAAGUGAUAAGAAGAAUUCAUAAUAAAUCUGUUGUACAUAGAGAUUUAAAACCAGAAAACAUAAUGUAUCAUUAAAAACAAAUCUACAUUGUUGACUAUGGUAUCAGCAAGUUAUAUCGAGAUAAUAACUUAAAACAUGUGUAUAAAUAGUAGAUUAAUAUUUAAAUAGACCAUUUAAAGAAAGUCGAUCAUUUGUAGGAACCACAAGAUACGCUUCAAUAGCUGCUCAUAAAGGUCAGGAACUAGGAAGAAAAGAUGAUCUUGAAUCUUUGAUAUAUAUAGAUAUUCUAUUAUUAAAAGGGUAUUAUGAGCAUAUUAAGUUAGAACAAAGAAUUUUACCAUGGUAGAACAUGCUAGGUUAAAAUAAUAAGGAAAGAUAGAAGUAAGUUGGAGAAAAGAAAAUGAAAAUGACUCCAUAAGAAAUCUGUGUUGAUUUACCCAUUGAAUUUUCGAAAGCUUUAGAGUAAUAAAAAUAUUUAUGUUAUAGUUAUAUAAGAUCGUUGAAGUAUCAAAGCGACCCAGAUUACGAUUACCUAAUUUAACUCUUUAGAAAGUUAGCUCAAUCUCGAAAAAUUGAAUAUGAUGAUGUUUAUGACUGGACUUCAUAAUCAAAUUAGUCUACAUCAAAUAAUUAAAAAUAGGAAACUACAAUCAAAUAAAUAUCGUCUUUGCAAUAAUUCGAAAGAUCUCCAAUAACUAUGCAAAAUAAGUGGUAACUCUUCUGCUCUAUUAUAGUUAAUCACUAAAGGUGCCUUCAACAUAUGAUGUUUUAUAAGAUAGAAAAAGAUCACUUUAGAACACAUCCUAUUUAUAGUAAGUAUAAGAUGAAUUAGAUAAAUCCAUUCAAAAUACUUAUAUGCUCAGCUAAAUUGCAAAUGAUUAUGAUUCAAAACAUGAUUAUGUUUCUGAGGAUGAUAUAAAUGAUAAUCUUUUCUAAAGAUACAAUUAGUUAAAAUCUUAAAUCUUAUAAAUGUAUCUCUUAAUUAUAUAUUUAGACAUCACAUGAAGAAAAUUUAGAAUCAAAAAUAGUAUGUGAUGAAGUUAUGA